AUGGCCUCGCUUUACACCCCAACACCGCGCCGGCACGCGCUCGCCAUCGUCCCCUCCAUCGUCGUGAGCCCGCCCACACCUGUCCCCGGCGUGCCAUCCUUCCAGACCGACUACAUCGAGCAGGCGCGUCGCCGCCGUCAACGCCGGGCCAGCCGCUCAAAUCCAGCCUACUCGUACUCGAACGCCCAGGCCCUCUCGCUCCUCGACGUGGGAUGGAAGCGCCGUCCCGCUGGCGUUCCAUACGACAUGGCUCUGAACGCGACAGAACCCCCCGUGUCGCUCGUCGACGCUGCCGCCGAGGUCCUGGGCCUCGUCCCCGUCCUCGUCUUCCUCAAGGCAUGGUACGCCGAGACCGUCGCGAGCUUGUCGUCAUUGUCAUUGUCAUUGUCACCGUCGUCACCGUUGUCAUCGGCCAAGGCCGUCCGCCGCCGCAGGAACAUUACGCCCCUCACCCUCUUCCUCGUCCUCCUCGGGUCGGCACUCGCGCUCUCGUUUGCCAUCACGACCAUCCACAGCAGCAGCAGCAGCGACUAUGAGGGCACGCACGCGCCGCACGCGUACGCCGCAGCCUUUGCACGCGCCCACCACAACCCUGCCUACGUCGGCGUCACCCUCCCUCCCAAGACGGCACCGACGCCAAGAUACCAGGCGCCCACGGGCCACAACGGCCACACGGACAGUCGCCUGGCAGCCGUCCUGGAUGCGUGGGACUUCCACUAG